UUUCAGCCGUUUGUCUCAAAAAAAAAAACCUUUUCAGCCGUCUUCCUCAUCUAAAGAAAACUACCCCCCAUGGCUGCCGCCGCGGCGGGCGCGACGCCAGCGACGGCGCGGAAGGCCCUCGCCUCCACGACCUCCGCCCUCCUCUCCUCUUCAUUCGCGCUCCGCCGCCGCAGCUUGUCCUGCUCCGCCGCAUCAGGAGCGACCGCCCCGCGCAUCGCGCAGCAGCCGCCGGACCUGCUCCGGUGGGUGCAGCGCGAGGGAGGUUUCGUGCACCCGGCUCUCCGAGUGGCCGAUCAUCCCGAGUACGGCCUCGGGGUGUCCGCCACGGCGGCCGACGGCGUCAUCCCCCCCGGAGCCGUCCUCAUUGAUCUCCCUGGGCGCAUCCCGCUACGACUCCGCCGCCCAGCCGAUGCUGCGGACGCAGUACUGAUGCAGCUCGCCGACCGAGUCCCCGAGGAACUGUGGUCAAUGAGACUCGGCUUGAGGUUGCUUCAAGAAAGGACAAAAUCCGAUUCAUUUUGGUGGCCAUAUAUCGCGAACCUGCCAGAGACUUUUACGGUACCAAUCUUCUUUCCAGGGGAAGACAUAAAGAACUUGCAAUAUGCUCCUCUCCUCCACCAGAUAAAUAAAAGAUGCCGCUUCCUUCUCGAGUUUGAGAAAGAGCUUAAACAGAAGCUUGGUACUGUGCCCUCAGGAGAUCAUCCUUUUUGUGGACAAGAUUUGCACUCGUCUUCCCUUGGAUGGGCUAUGUCAGCAGCGUCUUCACGAGCAUUCCGUCUGCAUGGUGAAAUCCCAAUGUUGUUGCCCCUUGUUGAUAUGUGCAACCACAGUUUUAGCCCGAAUGCUAGGAUUGUCCAGGAAGGAGAUGUCGAGAGCCCUGAUAUGUCAGUUAAGGUUGUUGCUGAGACGCAGAUUGAUCAAAACGCUGCUGUUACACUGAACUAUGGUUGCUACCCCAAUGAUUUUUAUCUUCUUGAUUAUGGAUUUGUAGUAACAUCGAAUCCAUACGAUCAAGUGGAACUGAGCUAUGAUGGUAAUCUUCUCGAUGCUGCUAGCAUGGCAGCAGGGGUUUCUAAUCCCAACUUUUCAACACCAGCCAAGUGGCAACAGGAAAUCUUGUCACAGCUAAAUCUACACGGAGAGGGUGCUAUUCUAAAGGUCAGCUUAGGAGGUCCGGACAUAGUAGACGGGCGCUUAUUAGCUGCGCUGCGAGUUCUUCUUGCAGCUGACCCGGAGACCGUGGGCAAGCACGAUCUGAAAACUUUGAUGUCGCUUGGCACGGAAGCUCCUCUGGGCCCUACCGUCGAAGCCUCGGCGCUCCGAACUGUUCUCGCACUUUGCGCCAUUGCCCUCCAACACUUCCACACCAAGAUAAUGGAUGACCAGGCCGUCCUGAAGGGAGAACCCCCUCUUACUACUCAACUGGCCGUCCAGUUUAGAUUGCAGAAGAAGCUGAUGCUCGUCGACAUAAUGCAGAAUCUUAGUCGGAGAAUCAAGACGCUGGCUCCGGAGAAAUCUACUGCCUAGGAUGUUAACAUUUUGUGAUAACCCCCUUUUGAACAAUCAACUAUCUUUCUGUAUUAAUGAUUACUGGAUAUAUAUAUAUACGGUGGCGCUAAAGUGAGCGUGCGCGCAGAAUGCU